GUACGCCCAGAUCUCUUCGAGAAGCCAUUCAUUGACAACUCGUGAGCGCUCUCUGCAUUUACCCGGACCGGGUGGCCGUACUUCUGGAUUCUGGAUACCCAUUCCCCAUUGACUCGAUGCCUCAUCGUCGGUCCAGAACGUGCAUUUGUGCAUAUUCCUCUAGCCUUGCCGAUCCUUCGAAGUACCAGGGACUUCUAUAAGAUCCGUUUAAUGCCCACAUGGUCCCAGCCUUAGAAUUCCAAUCACGAUAGGCCGUCUCCUAACUUGCUCUUCGAUUUGUUGGCAGCUUCCAGAGUCAGACAUGUCACCCGCCCUUCCGGCUCCGGCUUCAAAGAAAGCAGAGGUUGAAAUUGCUCAAGCUGAGGCACCUGAUCUUGAGAGGGUCGAAUGGAGAAAAGAUGCAGGAUUGAGAAAACUAUACACCUGGGCGUUCAUUAUCUGUAUUGCCUCUGCCACUACGGGAUACGAUGGUUCAAUGUUAAAUAACCUCCGUAUUCUGGAUACAUGGAAAAACUACUUCGGAGAUCCAACUGGCUCUGAUCUGGGUCUUCUAACCGCCCUUUACUCCAUCGGUUCUAUCGCCAGUCUUCCUAUCACCCCUUUCAUUGCUGACCAUUUCGGUCGUAAGCCAGCCAUCACUAUUGGAUGUCUAAUCAUGUGUCUGGGAGCUGGUAUCCAGGGAGGUGCGAAAAAUCUGGCCAUGUUCUCCGCUGGUAGAUUCAUGAUGGGAUUCGGAAAUUCACUCGCUCAACUCUCAUCACCUCUGCUCUUGGCUGAGAUAUGCCAUCCUCAGCACCGAGGCCGUGUCACAGCCAUCUACAACUGUCUCUGGAAUGUCGGUGCUAUCGUCUGUACCUGGCUCACAUUCGGCACCAAGCGCAUCGACACUGACUGGUCAUGGCGUGUACCAACCCUCACUCAAGCGUUCCCCUCAAUCAUCCAGCUUGUAUUCAUUUUCUGGAUUCCUGAAUCACCUCGUUGGCUGAUCUCCAAAGACCGCCACGGCGAGGCUCUCACCAUGUUGGCCAAGUACCACGCCAAUGGCAACGAAAACCACCCAACCGUGCAAUUCGAAUAUCGUGAGAUUCGCGAAACACUCCGUCUAGAAUUCUCCGCCAAGAGCAACUCUUCCUACCUCGACUUUCUCAAGACUCGCGGCAACCGCUACAGACUCUUGCUUAUCGCGUCGCUUGGCCUAUUCUCCCAGUGGUCCGGAAACGGACUUGUAUCCUACUACGCCACUGAUGUUUAUAACUCAAUCGGCAUAACCGCUUCUGACACCCAGUUGGGCCUGAACGGCGGUCUGACCAUCCUCUCACUCAUCGUCUCCGUUAGCUGCGCUCUACUUGUCGACCGCAUUGGUCGUCGCCCACUCUUCCUAGCUGCUACCAGUGGUAUGCUUGCAACCUUCGUCGUAUGGACGAUCGCAUCGUCUCAGCAGCAGGAGCACGGAAACAAGGCCGCUGGACAAGCCGUCAUCGCAAUGAUCUGGAUCUUCUCUGUGUGCUACGCGCUUGCCUGGUCUGGGUUGCUCGUUGCAUACACGGUUGAGAUCCUGCCAUUCAAGAUCCGCGCCAAAGGACUUAUGAUCAUGAAUUUCUGGAUUCAGGCUGCGCUGACCAUCAACCAAUAUGUCAACCCGUUGGGCUUUGACCACUUGAAGCCUAACUAUAAGCUAUACAUCAUCUACACUUGCUGGAUUGCAUUCGAACUCGUCUUCGUUUUCUUCCUCUACGUCGAGACAAAGGGACCGACGCUCGAGGAGGUCGCGAAGAUUUUCGAUGGCGAUCAGGCCGAGGUUGCGCAUAUCGAUCUCGAGAAGGUCGAACAGGAGGUCACGAGCGGCUAUGAGGCAGAGAAUAAACAUGGCGUUGCUGUGCAUCAUCGUGAGGCUGUGUAGUCGUAUCUCUCGGAGCAUACGCACAGUUUAUGCUUGUAGGUCUCCAUACUGUCCUGCGCAUAGGUAAAAUUUAGUCUUCUUCGUUCGAUUACACAUAGUAUUCUGAAGCUUCCUCUUCCCGCGUU